UCUGGCAGCGGAGCGCCGCCCGGGAGGAAAAAAACAGCGCAAAGCCAGGCGGCGGAGGGCAGAGCGGAGUCCGGCGCCGCGGGGCCAGGAGGAAGCCGGAGCUCAGCAGCGGAGACCCCCCUCCUCUCUCUCGUCGCCCCCGCAGCCCCUAACCCAGCCCGAUCCGGGGGGAUUCAUUUGCACCCAGAGCCCGCCAAGCCUUUGCAAAAAAAGAAACCUCAGCCUCAUCGCGGAAUAACCGCGGGGAAAACUUGUGCCAACUUAAAAAAAAACCCAGGAGGAUCCCCGCACCUGGGUCAGCCUCGCACGUGGGAAGGGGCUGCGUGUCAGCUUGCCUAUCCACCCAAACGGAGAGAUUAUUGAAUCUUAUUUUGAAAAGCAAUUUUUCCCUUUGGGAACCGAACUGAAUUUCGGACGGGACCCUUGGCUUGGAUUCUGGAAGGAAGGAAGGAAGGAAGGAAAAAAAAAAAGCCCACCCACCCAAUUUCGGAUGCUGAGCUUCCUAGCAGCCCGCAAAACUCUUUUUGGACAAGGGGGAAGAGCCCUUCAGAGCUUGCCUAGACUGACCCCUGAGCUUUGAACUGAGGAUCGAGCCCGGCUUUCCCCCAACCACAAUUUCUCCGAAAACAUAACUGCCCCGGUGUGCCAAGUUGCAGCUCUUCUUUUUUUCCCUGCUGGAAAACAAGACCUAGGAAAGCCCUCCGGCCGGAAUCCAGAAUUCCUGGGGGAUCUUCAACUGGGCCACCUGGUUUAAAAAAAAAAAAAAAAAAAAAAAGGAUGGAGGACGGUGCCCGUCGGCGAGGCGGCCCCGAAAAGGCCUCCGAAAAAACGGAAGAAGGCGGCGAAGGAGUGGCGCUCAAGAAGGAGAUUGGCUUGCUGAGCGCCUGUGGCAUUAUUGUGGGUAACAUCAUUGGAUCCGGAAUUUUUGUAUCGCCAAAGGGCGUGUUGGAGAAUGCGGGCUCCGUAGGGCUGGCGUUGAUCGUGUGGAUCGUCACGGGCCUCAUCACCGCCGUGGGGGCCCUGUGCUACGCAGAACUGGGGGUCACCAUCCCUAAAUCCGGAGGAGACUAUUCCUACGUCAAGGACAUCUUCGGAGGACUGGCUGGGUUCCUCCGACUGUGGAUCGCGGUGCUGGUGAUCUACCCCACCAAUCAGGCGGUGAUCGCGCUGACUUUUGCCAACUACGUCCUCCAACCCAUCUUCCCCACCUGCCUGCCUCCAGAAACCGGGCUGCGUCUCCUCGCAGGGGUCUGCCUUUUGCUACUGACAUGGGUGAAUUGCGCCAGCGUCCGCUGGGCAACCCGCGUCCAGGAUAUCUUCACCGCCGGGAAGCUGCUGGCUCUGGCCUUAAUCAUUAUCAUGGGAAUUGUGCAAAUUUGCAAAGGAGAGUACUUUUGGCUGGAACCCAAAAAUGCCUUCGAGUUCUUUCAAACUCCAAAUGUGGGGCUGGUUGCUUUGGCCUUCUUACAAGGAUCGUUUGCUUACGGGGGCUGGAACUUCCUCAACUACGUCACCGAAGAGUUGGUGGACCCACACAAAAACCUGCCUCGAGCCAUUUUUAUCUCCAUUCCCCUGGUGACCUUCGUCUACGUCUUCGCCAAUGUAGCCUACGUCACGGCCAUGUCCCCUCAGGAGCUUCUGGCCUCCAACGCUGUGGCGGUGACAUUUGGGGAGAAACUCUUAGGAGUGAUGGCUUGGAUCAUGCCCAUCUCUGUGGCUCUCUCCACCUUCGGAGGCGUCAAUGGAUCUCUCUUUACUUCCUCCAGGCUGUUUUUCGCUGGCGCCCGCGAAGGACAUCUUCCCAGCGUGUUGGCAAUGAUUCACAUCCGAAGGUGCACGCCGAUACCUGCCCUACUUUUCACCUGCCUGUCCACCUUGCUUAUGCUGGUCACAAGUGACAUAUAUACGCUGAUCAAUUACGUCGGUUUCAUCAACUACCUCUUCUACGGAGUGACAGUGGCUGGGCAGGUCGUGCUCCGCUGGCGCGAACCCCAUCGGCCUCGUCCAAUCAAGGUGAGCCUGUUCUUCCCGAUCAUCUACCUGCUUUUCUGGGCCUUCCUCUUGGUCUUCAGCUUGUGGUCGGAACCGUUGGUUUGUGGUAUCGGCCUGGCCAUCAUGUUGACAGGGGUACCCGUCUACUUCCUGGGUGUCCAUUGGGAGAACAAGCCCCGUUCUUCAACACCCUGGUCGAUGGCAUCACUCGGGUGGGGCAGAAGCUCUGCGUGGUGGUGUACCCCAAGAUGGACGCCGGGGAAGCGGCGAACGACCUCAGCAAAGAGACCAAAGAACAGCUGGAACCUAUGUGCGGCACAGAAAAGCUUGGCACGCCCCAGGACUGAGCCAACGGAAGGAAUAGAAAUAGCCAAACAUGGAUUGCGCUGGGUUUUUUUUUUCGCCACUAGAUAACGGUUCCUCUGCUCCCGUCAGCCGGAGCUGGACCUGUUGGGGGGGAGGUCGACCCCCCUCACACCUCACAAUACACACACUCCUUUCCCCAGCUUCUUGCAGGGUCUGGGGUCCACACCACACACACACACAAUCCCAAUUUCCCCCGUCUGCAGUGCCUCCCGAUGGGGCGGAAAAGGAUGGGGCAACCCCUUAAGAGCUGGCACCCCCUAAUUCCUGCUUCUCUCUUGUCCCCCACUUUGGAAAAGCAUCUUUUGUUGCUGCCUUAUAUAUAUAUAUAUAUAUUUUGGGGGGAGAGAAAUAUUUUAAGGGGUGGUGGUGGAACCUCAGCUAUCCUGGGAGAAUUUCCUCCUGCCGUUGGUGCCCGCGUAUUUUCUUCAUUUUUCUCUUUUACGGUUUUUUUUUUGAGGGGGGGGAUUUUUUUCUCUCCCCCCCCCUUUCGUUUUGGAUGUAAUAAAUUAAACGCCACUCGCCAUCCGGAUUGCU